AGCCGCACGUUGUGGGAACACUUCCGGUAAGUCUUCAUGGUGGAGCGCGUGAAGCGAUAACUACAGCGUGUGUUCAUAAGAGCUUCUGUUCAAGUGUCAGAUGUGGAGCAGAAUAUUGAGUCCUCGUGUGAUUAGAAGAACAGGAUUCUAUUGGAGGAGUAUCUUCACUAUGCGGCUGAAGACCAGUGAGUUCCAGUCUCUGUUCAAUGAUGGACUGAAUGGACUAGCAGAGGUGUUUGAGAAGCACCAGCAUGAGCUGAGGAUAGCUGGAGGUGCUGUGCGUGACCUGCUGUCUGGGAAGCGGCCAGAAGAUGUGGACUUUGCCACCACAGCCACUCCAGAGGAGAUGAAGCGUAUGUUCCAAAGUGCUGGGAUCAGGAUGAUCAACAAUAAAGGAGAGAAGCAUGGGACCAUUACAGCAAGACUACACAAUGAGAACUUUGAGGUGACCACGUUGCGAGUGGAUGUUCAGACAGAUGGCCGUCACGCAGAGGUGGAAUUCACCACUGACUGGCAGAAAGACGCCGAGCGGAGAGACCUCACCAUCAACUCCAUGUUUUUAGGGCUUGAUGGCACAUUAUAUGACUAUUUCAAAGGAUAUGAUGACCUGCAGAACCGUAAAGUUCGGUUUGUUGGCAGUGCUGAAGAAAGAAUCCAAGAGGACUACCUGAGAAUACUGCGCUAUUUCAGGUUCUAUGGCAGAGUAGCUUUGGAGCCUGACGACCAUGAGCCCGAGACACUGGCCGCCAUCAGGAAAAACGGCCGUGGACUGGCGGCCAUAUCAGGAGAACGUAUUUGGGUGGAAAUAAAGAAGAUGGUGGUUGGUAACCAUGCCGCUCAUCUGCUGGAGCUGAUGUACAGUUUAGAACUGGCCCAGUACAUAGGUGAGAGAGAAGGCAGGGAUGGGCAUUGAAAGGAUUUUACAUACAAUUUCUCUAACAGCAAUCACACAAACUUCAGCAAGAAAAAAACAAUCUGCACAUUCAGCUUAACGCUUAAUUCAGCUUGUGUUACGGAAAAACCUUUACCAACAAUGGCCUCAAAGAUACUGCUAUAUAUUAAAAAAGCACACAUAAUUGUUUAUCUUCCACCUCCUGAUGAUAUUCAAGUCAUUAGUCACAUCAAUGCCUUGACUUCCAUUAGAGGGAGAAUAGGUUUUAGUGAAUUUUUCGUGAAGAAAACAUUGAUCAAUCAUUGGGGCAUUCAGAGUGCCCUUUAAUUAUUUCUCUUGACAGGAUUUCAUUGGUCCCAUUCUUAAAGGAGUACUCCAGCCAUUUGAUAGAUAGAUUAAAGGUGGUAAAAGAGGUAAAUGCAAGUAUUUCAGUUCCAUAAGUUGGGGGACUCACAAGAGACGGGUUAAAAGCUUUAAAAAGAGCAUACAGAAUCUUUUGUUAAAGUUGACAGUCGUGAGUGCUCUUGGAUUAGUUGUAGCUUGAGUCUGACUAAUGACAUUUAAACUGAUUUAACUAGGUAACUAUACAUAUUAUCUUAUUUACACGUCUGUUAAGGCUCAGAUGUCAGCAUUAGGUUUUUACCACCAGAGAUUUAUGCACUCAUACUGACGGCACUGUCACCGCUGCCUAAACUAACUUGUAAGUGUAAUGUUGCAAUUUUCCUUGUUGCCCACUUUGGUAAAAACAUUCCCACUUGUUAGAACAUAUUUUCCUUUUUGUCGAGAUACCCUUUUGAAAGUGUUCUGAUCGAACAUGUACCAUGCUAUUAAGUCAUUAUUUGCAGAGUGCAGGCAUCAGUGAAAAGGAUCAAUAGCGACAGCGUCGAAGCUCAACAACUGUAACAA